AGGAUUUAAGUUCAGAUUGGUACAUUAGUAUUGGUUCGAUACAUGUAUACUCGUUCAUUGGUCGGGUUAGCCUUAAAACCAUGUACAGUGCCACCAAACUGUUUACUGACUGCACCUCUUGGUCGGGUUGCGUUGGACCGUCUCUUUAAUGGGAAGUUGGUUGCUGGAAUUCAUUGCUGAGUGAAACGGGGGAAGGCAGGCAGAUUUGAAUUAAUACUGGACGUCGUUUUGGUCACUGCUCCACUGGUUCUCCUACGUCGAGGAGCUAUUUGGUUGUGUGUGUGUGUGCGCCUGCCUGUGUUCUACACCAAGCUCAACUCAGCUUUGGCUUCAGAAGUCCUCUUUUGGUGAUCUACGAGCACCUCAGACGCACCUAUCUAGGUGGGUCACGUACAUCUCGCCGGUGCUUUCGCAGGUUGCCUCGUUGCACAUCAUGUUUCUUGGACCGAAAUGAUUAGUUCGCUGGCUUCUUUUUCGUGUGUGAAUGAGCCCAUCUCUUUACGCCUCACGUUGUUUGUUUUGUUAGGAUUGUCGGAUUGUUCUUUUGUCUAGUUAACAUUGUUUUGCUUCUUUGCACUGACCACCGAUGAUUGCAAGUACGAAAGUGAAAAUUGCAGCUGUAGACAAGACGGAUUGGCGCUUCAUCGGUUUAUUAGAUUGAUCAUGGCAAAUCAUACUGUCAAAGUGGAGAGCGGAAGAGCAGGGGAAGAUGGGAAGCCAUCGGUCGGACCGGUGUACCGGAAUUCAUUAGCCAAGAACGGGUUUCCACCGCUCGACCCUGACAUGACCACCUCAUGGGAUGUGUUCAGGGUAGCAGCAGAGAAGUAUCCAAAUAAUAGGAUGCUUGGAUGGCGUGAGAUCAAGAAUGGGAAGGCAGGGCCUUAUUUAUGGAAAACUUACAAGGAAGUAUAUGAGGAAGUACUGCAAGUUGGUUCUGCUUUAUGUCAUCUGGGUGCUAAACCUGGUUCACGAAUAGGGAUCUACGGAGCAAACUGUCCUCAGUGGAUAGUGGUGAUGGAGGCUUGCAAUGGAUACAGCUUAAUCUGUGUCCCACUCUACGACACUCUAGGUUCAGGAGCUAUUGAUUACAUUUUAAAGCAUGCAGAUAUUGAUUUUGUCUUUGUCCAGGAUAAGAAAAUGAAAGAAAUUUUGUCCUCCAGCUGUGAAUCUGCUCGUCUGAUAAAAUCAAUUGUCUCAUUUAGUUCAACCACCGGGGAACAAAACGAUGCCGCUGCGGACAUUGGAAUAAAAUUAUACUCUUGGAACGAAACACUACGGAUGGGAAAAGAAUAUCCAUCAGAGCCUUUGCCCCCACAACCUCAUAAUAUAUGCACAAUAAUGUACACAAGUGGAACUAGUGGCAACCCUAAAGGUGUCGUAUUGACUCAUGAAAGCCAUGCAACAUAUGUAAAGGGCGCUGACCUCUUUCUGAACGAAUUUGAAGACAAGAUGACUACGGAUGAUGUCUACCUCUCCUUUCUUCCCUUAGCUCACAUUCUUGACCGUAUGAUUGAAGAAUAUUUUUUCCACAAUGGGGCCUCCGUUGGCUAUUAUCAAGGGGACAUUCAUGCCUUGAGGGAUGACCUCAUGGAGCUGAAGCCAACUCUCUUUGCUGGUGUUCCUCGGGUUUUCGAAAGAGUUCAUGAAGGUGUGCUGAAAGCAUUAUCAGAACUCAGACCACUUAGAAGGAUGAUCUUCAAUGCCUUAUACAAACAUAAGCUACGGUGGAUGAGGUUAGGAUGUUCUCAUAAGACGGCUUCUCCAUUUGCAGACAUGUUGGCGUUCCGAAAGGUGAAGGCUAGGCUGGGAGGCCGAGUUCGUCUUAUAAUAUCUGGAGGUGCUCCAUUAAAUCCUGAAAUUGAGGAGUUCUUGAGAGUCACUAGUUGUGCUUAUCUUACUCAAGGCUACGGUCUGACCGAAACAUGCGGACUCAGCACUGUCGGAUUUCCUGAUGAUAUGUCGUUGGUUGGAACUGUUGGUGUUGCAUCUACAUACUCUGAGGUGCGGCUUGAAGAAGCACCAGAGCUGGGCUACGAUCCGCUGGGAACACCUUCGCGUGGCGAAAUAUGUGUAAGAGGGAAGACACUCUUCUCUGAGUACUACAAAAACCCUGAGCUGACCAAAGAGGUGAUGGUAGAUGGGUGGUUUCAUACAGGGGAUAUUGGGGAGAUGAGACCUGAUGGAGUGUUGAAGAUUAUAGACAGAAAGAAGAACAUAUUUAAACUAUCACAAGGGGAAUAUGUUGCAGUUGAAUACUUGGAGAAGAUAUAUAAAAUUUCUCCAAUUGUUGAAGAUAUUUGGGUUUAUGGGGACAGCUUUAGAUCUAUGCUUGUAGCGGUGGUAACACCACACGAAGAUAGUGCCAAAAGAUGGGCAGAGCAAAAUGGCCAUAAAGAAUCAUUCUGUGACCUCUGUAAGCUUGAAGUUUUAAAUAAGUUUAUUCUUCAAGAGCUGAAGACAGUUGCUGAGAACAAUAAGCUGAGAGGUUUCGAGUACAUUAAAGGGAUUCUUGUGGAUCCCCUACCAUUUGACAUUGAAAGGGAUCUUGUGACUCCCACCAUGAAGAAAAAAAGAGCACAGAUGCUGAAGUUCUAUCAGUCAGAGAUCGACAAACUUUAUCAUAAUAUUCUGGCAGAAGGGAGAGCUUGAACUCUGGAAGCAGUUCAUAUAUUUGUGUCAAAUAGAGGAGCAAACUCAGUAUCAUCAUAAAAAAUGCUGUUGUCUACUUGUCUAUUAUAGCUUAUCAUGCUAAAAACCUAUCUUAACUUAAUAAAAUAGAGUGGUAAAUAAUCAA